UUCUCUAAACAUAGAAAGCAGCUCCCGACAGCUCAGUCAGCGCCCUGCCUUCCCCACAGGACGAGCCCGGCUGCUCCCCAGGGAGGGAUCCGGCCCCAGAGCCCCCAGGAAGAGUUUGCGUUCAGCGCCAUGGCACAACCUGUCCCUGUCCUGCUCUGGGCCUGGUGCGCGCUGACAGCUCUGGCAGGGGCCGCACAGGGCUCGUUUGAGGUGAGCGUUUCGCCGGAAGCUGCCGUGGUGGAGCACGGAGGGUCCGUCUGGAUAAACUGCAGCACCACGUGCCGGGAUCCUGGUGCCAGCGGCGGCCUCGAGACCUCGCUCACCAAAACCGAUAGGAAAAGUGGAUCCAGCUGGGUAGCCUUUCGCCUCGUCAAUAUCAAGGAGUGGGUGUCGUCCCCUCAGUGCUUCUUCAACUGCGAUGGAAGUACGACGCUGGUGACUGCAAACAUCUUCGCUUACCGGGCGCCGGAGCGGGUGGUGCUGGAGCCGCUCCCCGAGAUGGAGCUGGGCCAGGCCUAUAACGUGACGUGCCGGGUUCUGAACGUGGCUCCCGUCACACGCCUCACCGUGACCCUCCGGCGGGGAGGACAGACCCUGCACACGGAGACCUUCCAGAACCACACCGGGACCGGACCCGAUGACAUCACAGUGAUCACGGAGAUCACCCCUCAGCGAUCGGACCACGGGCAGGAGAUCACCUGCCACGCAGCCCUGGACCUGCACGGGUCCCACUUCGAAAACAGCUCCUCUGCGGUGGAACUCAAGGUUUAUGAUCUCCCAGAGGAGCCCCAGCUCCGAACCUCCCUCUAUAUCGAGGUGGGCACCAGGGCGACCGCCCGCUGUAGGGUGGCCGGGGUCUUCCCCGUCGCGGGAGAGGCCUGGUUCAACCUGUCCUUUGGGGGAGAGAGCCUGAACUUCACCGUCACCACGUCGGGCGACACGGCCACUGCCCAGGGCGAGGUUUGGUCCCCGUCCCCGGGACAGUACCAGCUGAACUGCACCGUGUCCGUGGGGCCCGUGUCCAGAUCCGCAGGGCAGAGCGUUCUCGUUUACCGUCUCCCUGAGCCCGUCCUGGAGGUAACCGAGUCCCGGACCCUCGUUAACAGCAGCGUGACCGUUACGUGCCGUUCUCCUGAGGCCGACCCCCCGGGCGUCCUGCUCCAGCUCAGAGACGCCGAGCGACUCCUGGUCUCCAGCGCCCCCGCCCAGCCCCUUGCGCAGCUCCAUCUGACGGCUGGCGAGGAAGACAACGGGAGGGAGUUCACGUGUGAAGCAAGGCCUGACUCCGGCAUCCCCGCCGUGAAACGCACGUCUGCCAGACUCACUGUCCUCUACGGGCCCAGGAUGGACGACUCCGGCUGCCCCAGGGAGUGGAUCUGGAAGGAGGGGACAGAGCAAACCUUCUCCUGCCUGGCCCAGGGGAACCCAGCGCCAGCCGUGGUGUGCACGAAGGGCGGGGUAUCUGCCAGCAUCGGGGUGCAGCGGCAGGUCAGGAGAGAGGACGCCGGGACCUACCACUGCAAAGCAUCCAACGCGCACGGCUCGGCCAGCCGGGAUGUGACCGUCCAGGUGGAAUAUCUCCCAGAGGAGCCAUGGCUCCAAACCUCCCGCUAUAUCGAGGUGGGCGCCAGGCCGCUCGCCCGCUGUGGGGUGGCCGGGGUCUUCCCCGUCGCGGGAGAGGCCCGGUUCACCCUGUCCUUUGGGGGAGAGAGCCUGAACUUCACCGUCACCACGUUGGACAACACGGCCACUGCCCAGGGCGAGGUUUGGUCCCCGUCCCCAGGACAGCACCAGCUGAACUGCACCGUGACUGUGGGGCCCGUGUCCAGAUCCGCAGGGCAGAGCGUUCUCGUUUACCGUUUCCCUGAGCCCGUCCUGGAGGUAACCGAGUCCCGGACCCUCGUUAACAGCAGCGUGACCGUUAUGUGCCGUUCUCCUGAGGCCGACCCCCCGGGCGUCCUGCUCCAGCUCAGAGACGCCGAGCGACUCCUGGUCUCCAGCGCCCCUGCCCAGCCCCUUGCGCAGCUCCAGCUGACGGCUGGCGAGGAAGACAACGGGAGGGAGUUCACGUGUGAAGCAACGCCUGUCUCCGGCAUCCCCGCCGUGAAACGCACGUCUGCCAGACUCACUGUCCUCUACGGGCCCAGGAUGGACGACUCCGGCUGCCCCAGGGAGUGGAUCUGGAAGGAGGAGACGGAGCAAACCUUCUCCUGCCUGGCCCGGGGGAACCCAGCGCCAGCCGUGGUGUGCACGAAGGACGGGGUGCCCGUCAGCAUCGGGGUGCAGCGGCAGGUCAGGAGAGAGGACGCCGGGACCUACCACUGCAAAGCAUCCAACGCGCACGGCUCAGCCAGCCGGGAUGUGACCGUCCAGGUGGAAUAUCUCAACAUCCUGGGUUUGGCACUGGGGCUCGUAGGUGCGUUGGCUGCUCUGACCGGACUAGGCGUGGGGGGCUACAUGUACUACCGCUCCACGAGAAUCCGAAACUACCGGCUCAGACAGCAGCAGGCCAAGCAGGCCGAGCAGGGCAAGCCGGCCGAACAGAUGAGCCUGAACGGGGCCACACAGAACACACCUGAUCUGGAGCACAGCGUCUAGGCCUGGAGUGCAGGACCCGGAGCCCUGGGGCUCCUCACUGCUGCUUUACCCCUUCGCCCCCGGGGAGCCCCCGUUAACCCUCGGGAUGCUGGGCAAUGCCAAGAGCCUGGGGGUUCAUAGCCUCUGCCCGGGGCCCUCCCAUGCGCACACCAGCUGCUCUCCGGAGAGCAAGGAUCAGAGGGAGGGAGGCCUCCGGAGCGGGGCAGACACCCCCAGGACGUCCAGGGCUGGAAUCUCCCGUGUCCUUGGCCGGAGGGACGUCUGGCUGCAGCUGAGCUCUGCCCCGCUGGGGAAGCAGGUGGCUGGGAGACCCCAGGCCCAGCAGGAAACGCCUGUAACACUAAAGUCGGAACAGUUGUGCCGGGAGGGGAACGGCGUUAACGGCCGCCUCUAACCACUUCUCCUAGCGAUGGGGAAGGUGCCUCUGAGCCGCACACCAGCUCUGCCCCAGCUGGGGAGGCGGCCGCCCGGGGCACGUGCGACGGACCCACAGGAUCACUGUGAAAACGGUUUGACACUAACCAGAGGGGCUUUGGGAUCACCGGGUCUGUGCAACGGAGACGGACCGUGGGGUCUGUUACUCGGAUCAGCUGAAUCGCAAGACGCUACGUCCCCCCUCCACCGUAUCCCCAGCCAUGGAGCGGACUCAGGGAUACCAGGUCUCCCCCGCCUGUGGGGCUGAGCUGGGCGCGGCGUGGCAGGGACCAGGGUCUGAGCUCCACGGCCCGGUAUGGGCGGGGAGGUCAAUGACGUUAAUAACUGGAGGCGAAAGCCCCCAGUACGAACUGGGCCUGUUCUUACUGUGGUGUGUGAAUGCUGACAGGGGAGUGUGGCUAGGAUAGUCUGCAUUGGGGGAUGGGAGUCUGCCCGAGGGCGAAUACCUGGGCGUGUAGCAUGGGAGCCCAGGAAGGGGUUGGAGGCCAGGUGACACCUUGGCCCGGGAAACUGAACAAAGGCUGUGGGAGGGGUCGCUGAAGGGAGAGGGCUGGAAGCGGGCUGGAGAGAUGGCUGGAAGGCAGAGAUGGCUCUGACCCCCCAAAGGGGGGUGGGCUGGGAUGCCCUGGGACCCCAAGCUGGACCUAACUGAGGGGGUCCUGUUGUCUGUGCCGGCAAGACCUGUCUUGGACUGUAUUCCUGUCAUCCAAAUAAACCUUCUGCUUUA